GACCGAGUCAGAAAUUGAUGUACAUCUGCCAAUAAUUUAAAGUAGUUUAAAGUUCGAGCUUACGGGAUUCGAUUUAAUUAUUCGCGGGUUUAAACUUUGAACCCGCGGCUCGGUUUAAUAAUGCAUGCGACAAUGACACGGCCGUGGAAUUUUACAUUAAUCAACAAAAAAAAGUAAGAUCGCGGCGUUUAUAAAUAUAAUCGCAGGUUUCAAAGUUCCGUCGGCGCGAUGUCGAAACACUUGGACGUUCGGCACGAUCGAUUGAGCCUCUCGGAUAUGACUCUCGCCGCGAACAAUCAUCAGCUGUGGUUUACGCGAUAAAUAAAUUAUUUUUCAACCGUGAAAGAUGUUCGUCUUCUACGAGACUCGCCGUCUCUCGCGAACAGAAAAAUCCGCGGGUGCUGUUAACUCGUGAGUUUCGAAAGUUAACGAAACUCGAUCAACCUGCACAGAUGCUUACGGCCGCAUCUCUUGUACACAAGUUCGUUCUCGUAGUCGUGAAGGAACAACUAAAUCCUCGAAGAUGUUGGAAGGACUCGUCGCCUGGGUGCUCAAUAAUUACCUGGGGAAAUACGUGGAGAAUCUGAAUACCGAUCAACUGAGCAUAGCCCUGUUGUCUGGCGAGGUAGAAUUGGAGAACCUUCCACUAAAGAAGGAAGCCCUGCAUCAUAUAGGCUUACCGAUUGAAAUAAAAGCAGGAUUCAUUGGGAAAGUCAGAGUCCAGGUGCCUGUUCGUCAAAUAAGAACAGCUUCCUGGGUAAUAGCAAUAGAACAACUUUACUUGGUUGCCGGACCGAUUAAUAUAAACGAGUUUGAUUACGAGGCAGAAGAGCAUGCGAUUUUAGAGUACAAGCUGAGUAGAUUAGAUUCAUUGGAAGCGCGAUGGAGAGCAGACACGGAAAGAGAUCCUGGUUACUAUGCUGCCAGUUAUAGUUCGUGGGUGAAUUAUGGGACUUCUCUCAUCACGAAUAUCAUAGAGAAUUUGCAGCUGAAUAUUAAGGAUGUUCACAUAAGAUACGAGGACGGUACAACGUUGCCGGAUGGCGCAGGUAUCGCGUUAGGUGUAACCAUAGGAGGUUUAACAGCACAAAGCUGCGAUGCGAGCUGGAUACCCAAGUCCACCUCGUGGAACCUCACGGAUGCCUCUUUCAAGCUCAUGGAACUCGACAGACUUUCCAUUUACUGGAAUCACUUGAAGGAAGACGAGUUCUUUGGUUCCCUCAAUCUCGGUGAUUUAGCUGUCGCCAUGAGCGAACCAAAAAGCAUUGUAAAGAAUUAUAUUUUAUCUCCUGUUAACGCAAGGGCACAUAUCAAAAGGGACAGAUCCGAGCGACCGUUGAGAUCGACGAAUAAACCAAGAAUAGUCGUCGAUCUGCAGCUAGACGAUGUUCCCUUAUGCCUCACAGAUGUGCAAUACGAUCAAAUAGUUAGGUGUAUAAGAGGACUGAAAGAUAUAGAUCGGUGCAAGCAGCAAAGACGAUGUCGUCCAAACGGCAGUGUCUCAGCAGCACCGAAAGAGUGGUGGAAGUAUGCUGCUCGGUGUCACAUCGGUAAACACGCUUUGAAGCCUAAACCGACUUGGGAAGAUAUCCUUCGUAGAGGAAAAGAAAAUAUCCAAUACGUGGACAUUUACACUAAAUUACUAGGAACACCGACGAUGAUCUUGUCUCCGGACACGAAGCAACUGAGAGAGAAGGUGGAACAGGAACGGAGCUUCGACGAACUUAGGGUAUUAAGGGAAACGGCGAUGCACAGGGUCAGACCACCGAAGAUUCUCCAGAAUUCCAACGUAAAUGUGCCUCAACCCCGCGGGAUGCUGGAACAGUGGUUUCCUCAGUGGUGGGGCUGGUACUCGAAGACGUCGAGCACGAACACUCCGAGCACAUCUUCGACGUUCGACGGCGAGCUUCUGGACGUUCUAGCGGACACGAUGGACGACGAUACGUUGUUGCGUCGCGAUACAGUGUUCGGGCAGUUCAAUUUCGCGUUGUCGAAGGGAGCUUUCGCCCUGUGUACGUUAAGGAACGGUGGUGAAAUGAAAUCGUUGAUCGAAUUACAGUUCGAGCGUGUUCAUCUGAGCUACGAUUCGCGACCGCGAUACGGUUCUCAUAAGUUUUUCAUCAGUUUGGGUGCUUUGUACCUUCACGACUACCUCACAGAGAAUUCCACGUUCCCGAUUCUGGUUCAACCUCAAGUGAUCCCUACGAUGAACUCGAGAGUGCGCAGCUCCUCUGAAAAGCUGACCAGUCAAUUACCUCAACAUCUAUUCGAGAUGACUUACGAGAAGAGGCCUCUGCAUUCGAACGCCGACCACCUGUUGCAAGUGAACACGAGAUCGUUGGACAUAGUCUACAAUCCUACUGUGAUCUACUGGCUCAUCGACUUCAUGUGCAAACCACAUAGAUCGUUUUCGAAUCAGAGGAUACAAGCGAUGAAGCGAAGAACUCGAAGGCAGUUGAUGAAGAACUGGGAACAGAUCUUGGACGUAGAUUUAGUAUACCGUUCCUCGUGGGACUUGCAGUUUAACAUAUCCGCGCCGCAGAUUUUGUUAGUAGAAAAUUUCACCGAUCCAAAUGCCGCAGUGGUAGUCGUGGACUUCGGAACACUGCACUUAACAAACAGCGCGCAGACCAACAAAGUGAUCAUAAAACCGGGCUCUCCGGAACCGAACAGCGACGACGAGGACGAGAGAUUCGAGACGCCUUGCUCCACGCCACCCGGGAGUCAAGAAAAUGGCUCGGUUCAAGACUUCCAGACCAUCUCCGAGACAGCGUUGUAUCAGAAACUGUACGAUCAGUAUUCCAUCAAUCUCGAGGAUCUGCAGAUCCUCGUAGGGAAGGUGAAGGACAACUGGAAACACGUGCGGAUGUCCCGAGGAAUGUCUAAUCUCCACGUUCUCGAGCGUUUCAACAUAAUCUUGCAGAUCGAACGACGCGUGUUCGCUUCGUCCGAUCCUAAUCUGCCAUCAGUCACCGUAUCCGGGAAUCUACCGAAACUUGUGGUGCACGUGAACGAGCAGAAGGUGGAGGCGAUCAAAUUAAUGUACAGCCUGUUGUCCAGCUUCUCGAAGUCGACCGGCGCUCCUCAGACCGAUGUGAUCAACGUGGAACCAGAAAGUCCGAAGAGAGAAGAACACUUGGAUAAAUCGUUGAGCCUAGUUGUGAUGGUUCAAUUUAUCAUCGAUAAGAUGACAUUCGAACUACAAUCCAGAGGACGGAGCGUGGCAGAAUUGCAAGUAUCUGGUGUCCGUGCGGCUUUCAGCAAGAGAACCGCGGAAAUGAGCGUCUCUCUCUCCGUCCACGGUCUGCUUCUAGUCGAUGCUCUUCAGGAGUUCGGACAAGAUUUUGAGUUAUUGGUAGCCAGUCACAAACACGUAGGGAUGGACAGUAUUUCCGGAAGUUUGAGGGACUCUGAACCAACGUCUCCCGUUUCCCCGAGCUCUCCCUGCUCUCCCGAUCCGAACGUACCCAGAAGAUUGACUUCGCCCGUCGCGUUGACGAAUGCUUUGUCCAAAAUAGCGAGCAAAUCAAAGACUCUCCAAUCUCCUAGGAAUAAUUCACUGAUCGACCUUGAGAAGACGGACUCCGAAGCCUUGAUCGUGGUCGACUUAACAUUGGUUUAUGAUACGUUGGAAACUUCGAGAGUAGCUAAUAUUCAGUUCAACAAUUUGGAUAUCAUUGCAAAUCAGGAGACGAUAGUGGAACUGAUGGGAUUCUUCAAGAGGAUAUUUCCUUCCCACAAGAUGAGGUCGGCGCACAUCGAGAGACAGGAGUCUAUGUCGAAUCAAACCGUGGAACCGAAGAAAUCCACUAGGACGGAUAUAACUUUCGAGUUUCAUAGACUGAACGUGUUACUUCUGAGAGCAGUGAUGCAGGAUAACCAUUUGGUGGGACAGAAGAUCGCCACAGCUACGAUGUGCGACGCGCGUAUACAAGCCACGCUGGCAAUAGACGCUUCGAUUUUCGGUUCCCUCGGAGGGCUGCAAGUUCUGGACCAAACGUCGACCGGCAAAACGCAUCAGAGGAUCGUUAGCGUCGGGAGAGAUCCCAUAGCAGAUCCACCGCAGCAUCCACCCGAACAUUUCACCAAUUUACCUGACCAACCCGAAGCCUUGAGAUUCUCAGCGAACAGAUGCACCAACUUUAGUCCCCAGCAUCAGGACGGAUUAGAAACGUUAAUAGAUUUGAACAUCCGCAUUGGAAGCGUCUGGUACACCCACGCUCCGCACUUGUUGUCGGAGUUACGUUCCUGUGCCGACGAGUUCAAGCAGUACUUGAGCAACCUUGCACGCCAGAUCAGUGCAGCAGCUACAGACAUGGCCAUAGGUUUAGUAAACGCAGAAGAUUGGUCCAUACAACCGCGGAGACGUCUGCCAAGUUUGUCUGUGGACAUGGAAAAUUCAGGAUCGUUGUCUCUGAAACUGGAUUUAUUACUGAACAGUCCGGUAUUGGUGAUUCCGCGUUCGUCUCACAGUAGACAAGUGUUCGUCGCGCACCUCGGAACUAUGUCCUUGCAACACGAGCCACAUCCGGGCUCCAUGGCGAAGCACAAAUUGACUUUAGAAGUGAAGGACAUGAAUCUAUAUUCUCUGGAGAUAUCUGCGAACGUUGGACAAGUUCACAGUAAUCUUCCUUUGAGAGCUGAGGAGAUUUAUUGCUGCAAGCAAUCGGGCAAGCCUAUUCUUCACGACACAGUAUUGAAGGUCGUCGUCGAGAAGGAGAACGCGUUGGCGCAGAGUCCCAGCUUCUUCAUCGACAACGAAUUCUCGAACAAUCCUAUAGUUCAAGUUCACGGGGUCGUGAUGACUCCGUUGAAAGUGUCUUUAUCUCGUGGACAGUACGAGCAAUUAUUGGACACGAUAAAUAGACUGUUUUCCAUGCCAGUCUCCGUGCCGGUAGUUCAGAAGUCUCAAGCGAUGAACAAAGUACAGAAUUACUCUGACAAACUUGACCUGUCGAUCAAAGUCCUGUUCGAAUUGCCGACUCUGAGCGUGGAACUGAAGCAAGGACUCAUGGAACAGCCGCUCGUCGAAUUAUCCAUGAGGGAUUUCGUCGCCAAGUAUGAGAAACUUCAGAAAAACGAAUCUACCAUCCAAGUUUCUCUACGGUCUCUCCUCAUGGAGGAUCUUCUCUGUCCCAUCGGUUCUAGGCAUCGUUGCAUGAUGCAGUCGUCGGCACCGACUCGCGCCAAGCUUCUAGCCGGCGUCUCCAAGUCUUGUCCGGAUUUCGCGUUCGCCCAGCAGAUCAGAAGCGAGUACGGACGAGGCAGUUUGCCCGAUAGAUUGGAAACGGAUACUCUUUACGGCACGAUUCCAGCUCACUGGCGCAGGAAACCAGUUUCUUUGGUGAACACUCCGAAUACUCCACCCCCGUCGCCGGGUGCGUCCACCAGUGAAGAGAAUUUGGUGCUUAUGAGCAUCACUAUAAUCGAACCGGACCACGAUCGACCAGUUUACGAUCAGUGUCAUCAAAAAAUUGUUACCGUCGAUUUCAAUUGUUUGGAUUUAGUGAUCAGCGUGGAAUCGUGGAUGGUGGUGUUCGAUUUCUUCGGAUUCGCUGGUCCGUCAGGGACUCACGCGAAGAUAACGACGCACCAGACCUCCACGGAACAAUUGGAUCAACUCGACAAAGCUGACGUGCCUCAGCGAUCGGAAACAGAGAUCGACGUUCGAUCUCUGACUUUGGUUUUAAUACAAACUGAGAGGGAAAUCGCGAAAGCGAACGUGUCUAACGCCAAUAUGCAUAUAUUGAAAUCUAAUGGUAAAACGAAGGUGUCAGGAUCUUUGGGAUCGAUGUCUUUACUGGAUUUAACGCCCCAUGGAAGAUUUUACAGGGAGAGGUUCCUCUCAUCCGGUAGGAAGGCCUUGAACUUUCAAUAUUCUAGCUACGUGGACUCUGAGAAACGGCCUUACGACGCCAGGUUAAAGCUAGAGAUGUCUGCAGUUCAUUACGUUCACACUCAGAGGUUCGUCGCGGAGCUUCAAGCCUUCUUCGGACACUUUUCUCAACUGUGGACCAUUAUGGCCAAUUUAAGGGCCGGCGUUGGAGCUGUGAUCGAUAACAACAGAAGAAGUAUCCGAUUAUCCUUGGAAUUAAAAGCCGGCGCACCGGUAAUCCUCUUGCCAGUCAGUUCUAGAUCCGAUGAAUUGAUAUUAUUAGAUCUUGGAGAACUCACUGCCCACAAUCGAUUUGAGAGCUCGGACGUGAUAGACAGAUGCCUGCUCGAUAUAAUGUUUCUCGAAUUAGUGAACAUGGACGUUUACGCAGCGAAGAGAGUGAAGUGCGACGAUCAGGAUAACGAUAUAGACACUUUAAUGGUCGGUGGGUUUCAUAUAAAAAGGCUUGGUUCCUCUCUUCUUACAGAAAUGUGCCAUUUAAAACUGCGAAUCGAAAGGAAUCUGGAUACGUACAUCAGCAGGGAGAUCCCAGAUCUCAGCAUCCACGGGACACUGUCUACGAUGGAUUGUGCCUUGGAUCCACCUCAGUACAUGUUAAUUCGAGGCCUGCUGUCUUACAACAUCGGCGAGAACUUGGAGGAUUUACGUCAAUUUAUGCAGGACUUGAAUCAAACCGUGGAAUCAGAGUAUUCCAUCGUCAGCGUUGAUAACAAAGAAAAGAUUUGGAAGCGAUCGUGUAUUACUCUGGAACUGGUAAACGUCACCGUGAAAUUGCAUCCGAAUCACAAUAUCGCUGCCCUCGCUUGCAUCAAUUUCAUAAAAUCGAGAUUGAUGUUGGACUCGCUGAGCGACGGAUCUCAAGAUAUCGAUCUCGUCUCUCAAGAAAUAUUGAUCACCGACAUGAGGUUUCAAGACGAGCCAGUUGACAAACAGUCGAACGUUUUUACGAGCAUCCUGCAACCCCUGAGGAAUUCCAAUAACGAAAACCGAGUCCAAGCCGAAGUACACCACAGGAGACGGAAAGCGAACGCGACUACGACUAUUUUAGUUCACAGUAUGCGAUUGACUGCAAUUUUGGACUGGUGGGAAGCCGUAAGAGACUUCCUCAUGCUGAAUUCCGUAGAACCUGAGCCUAUACUUGGAAUCAUGCAGACUACUACUGAGAAUAAUCAAGAUAACAGCCCUUCGACCGCAAGUCCUUUCGAACUGAAGAUCAACAUCACUGAUUCGGAAUUAGUUAUCGUCGAGGACACGUCAGUACGCGACACGAAUGCUGUUAUCUUAAGGAGUACAGCCGUCGUUUCAUAUCGUUCAGCCCCUCAAGACGGUGAGAAACCACUCUCUUGCAAUCUCUCCCACUGCGAAUUAUUCUCUUGCAUCCUGGGCCUAGAAGACGAGACCGCGCUGUCUAUAAUAGAUCCCGUCGGUGCUAGUUUGGAUUUAACGCAGGACAAAUGCCUCGAGAUACACAUGCAACCAUUAUGCGUGCGACUGAGUUAUCACGAUGUGACCAUGUUCUCGAGGAUGCUCAGUUCUUUACCAAAACAAACUCUGGUAGCUAAACAACGUUCAGGGGAAGGAUUAACUCUAAUGGAGAAACAAGUGCAGAAACUAAUGACUCUCGGAUUCACUGAUUCUGAUUGCAGAGCUGCUCUAGAUCUCUGCAACGGACAAUUGGACGAUGCAGCUCUGUGGCUGACACAGAACGCCGUGCCUAACUCGGAUACAGCUGUGAACAACGAAUCCGCGUUUCACACUGUCGAAUUGCAAACUUCUUGCGCCAGGAUUUGUAUCAUAGACGAUUGCAGGGACGCCGAUGUACCGUUAUUAGAACUGUCCUUUUUGGAUUUGGAUUUGAGACAAGAAUGGUUGAGACCCGGCAUAGUAUCGGCUACGUUCAGCAUCGACUAUUACAACAGGGUGCUUAGUGGUUGGGAACCGUUCAUAGAACCGUGGCACGCUACAGUUAAAUGGGAGCAGACGUUCACCAACUCUCUGAACGCUAAAAGAUUGCAGAUGUCGAUCGAUUCUCAGAAUUCGGUCGACGUUAACGUGACUUCGACUCUGAUAGAGUUGAUAGAACUGGUGAAAAAUAAUUGGAUGCAGGAUUUCUAUUCAACCUCGAACAAAGAUCUCAGCGUGAGCAAAACUAAUGGACAGUCUUAUCGACGUCGAAUGCCGUUUAUUCCCUUCGCGUUGAGGAACGAGACCGGAUGCAAGCUGUGGUUCAAAACUAUAAUCGCGACUGCCGAUGACACGAAGGACGGUGGCCAGAAUUUCAAGACGAAGAACGUGUUUGAGAAGGACGACACGUGGCUCGAGGUACCUCCGGGUGACACGGUUCCCUUCACCUUCGAGGGAAGAGGAAAAUUGAGGCAUCACGCGACGCACACUGUUAGGAGACACCAGAUCACGGUUUUAGUAGACGGUUGGAAGUCCGUGGAUCCCGUGACUGUCGACCGCGUUGGGAUCUACUUCCGUCACGCCAGCGCGAACAUCACCGGAGUACAAGUAGACACGACGCUGUUUCAGAUGUUAACGCCAAAAGCUAGAAUAGUAUUCGCGGUAGAGUUAGAAGGAUCCGCUAGAAAGUUAGUGACUGUCAGGUCGGCUUUACAGAUAUGCAACCGACUGAUGCACACCGUCGAAGUGAAGAUAGAGAAAUCUUUGAACCAAUUUGGAUACUUGCCGCUGACCAUACCUGCUGUCAGCGACAGAGUUCUUCAAGUACCUGCACAGACUACCAUAUCGGUACCCUUAACGCACACCGGUGUACAGAUGUGUCUGAAGCCCAUCAAUGUGAACAAUCUGUUCCAGUACUGUACCGAGACGAUAGAUUGGACCGUAGUGAAGAAACCGUUAGAAGUUACAGAGAAUCGGAUCACUUGCAGAGCUAAUCACAAUAAUAUAUUUCGAAUGUGCGUGGCAGUGAUGAGGGACAAUUAUCCAUUGGACAUGAGCCAGAUGCUGCCGGCGCACACAAUAACGAUAAUGGCACCUCUCACGUUAACAAAUUUAUUGCCCCACGAAUUGCUGUAUGAAAUUGGUACGGAGACUGGGAGAAUUCCACGCGGUGGGAACGCGAGUUUGCAUACUGUCAACGUCGAAGAGCAGCUAGAGAUCACUAUACAAUUGGAUGGAUAUCCCGGAGCCGGGACAAUGAUAUUACCGCCAAACGUUAAUUCUUUCACUGCUCGCCUAAGGCUGGCGGAUUCCUCUGCACGGAUUUUAUAUCUCCACGCAGCUGUGAACGUGGAGAAAGGAUCCGCUAUACAGAUAAAUAUCACUGCGCCGUACUGGAUCAUAAAUAAGACCGGAUUACCGUUGGUGUUCAGACAGGAGGGAGUCGGAGUCGAGGCAGCUGGACAGUUCGAAGAGAAUGAGAAAGCUAGAAUGGUCGCACCGCUACUGUUUUCGUUCAGCGACGAAGAAGCCAGCAGGACUUUGUCUGUCAGAGUCGGCACUUCGGUUCAUCCGCAGGGAAUCCCGCAGUGGUCCCAGCAUUUUCAUUUGCAGCCAGGUAUACAAGUUCAUCGUCUCAGGAUAUCUCUCCGCGAUGGCAGACCGGAUAUAGUGUACUUGAUCAGCGUGGCUACCAGAACAGCCAGAGGAAAGUACAGAGCCACGACGGUUGUCACUCUCUCGCCAAGAUACCAGUUGCACAAUAAGUCUACUUCCACGUUGGAAUUAGCGCAGAAGUGUUUCACGACGACAAUUAGUCAUCCAGAUGCUCAAGCAACGUAUAUCAAAAUCAUGUCGGACUGCCAUAUGCCGUUUCACUGGCCGCGGCUCGACAAGGACUUACUUUUAUGCGUUCGCAUCAUGGACGUGAAAAAUUGCGUGUGGUCAGGCGGUAUCAGAUUGGACGACAACUAUUCCUUGACUAUUAACAUUCGAGACUCAACGGGGAAGAUGUAUUUCUUGCGGGUGGACGUUGUCCUCCAGGAGAGCACUUAUUUCGUCGUGUUCACCGACGCGGACACUAUGCCUCCACCGAUCAGGGUUGACAAUUUCUCGGAGGUGCCGCUCACGGUGAAUCAGGUAACUGUCCAUGACAAUUUGCAAUGGACGGUCAGGCCGCACUCCUCCGUGCCGUACGCUUUGGACGAACCUAUACAGUCUGCUGCUCUGGUUCUGACAGCACCCGGUGGCGUGACAGCUACGUACGACUUGAACGCGCUCGGAGAAGGCAGAGUCCUCACUUAUGAGAAUUUCAUUUAUAUCGCCUUCGCAGGUACUUUUAAAAAUGACUCCGAUUUGGGGACAGGGGAGGGUAGCCUGGACCCUCUGGACGUUGAAACUCAGCGAUUAGUUCUGGAAGCUGGGCCUGGAAACUGGGUAGCCCUUCGGAGAAAACAGUACGGAGCUAGAUCUCAAUUAUGGAGAAUGACUGGCGACGGUCAAUUACAACACGAAGGAUCUAGUCCACCGAGAGACAAACAUUCAAAGACGCCGGAGACGGUGUUAGUGUUGGACAUAGCGGGCACGGCGCCUCAACCGUUUACGUAUUGCGCUUUGGCUUUAAGAAAACCGGAUCCUCGAAGGAGAUCCACACAAACCUGGCGGUUCACAGACGACGGGAGACUUUGCUGCGCGCAUAAAAACAUGUGCGUGCAGUCGAAAGAUGGAUUCAUGGGAUUGAACGAAGGCGGCAGUGUCGCCCGUUGGCAAAUGUGGAGCGAAGCGGUGUUGGGUCCUCAGAUACAUACAAACCCUCCUCCGAUCGAGCAGCGCGUUGGAAGGCAAAAACUAAGACCCGGUUCCGGUUUCCUUUCCGUUACCGUCACCACCGAUGGGCCAACGAGAGUCCUUCAGGUGUUGGACAUCAAAGAGAAGAAAAAGACGUUCGCCUUAUUGGAGGAACGCGACUGGUCGCACAUCGCAGUCAACCAUCGGCCGACUCAGAUAAACACCGAUGCGGAGAAGAUAAAUUCCAGUGAAUUAGAAUUAAAGGUGAACCUAGCAGCUGGCUUAGGACUGUCGAUCGUUUCGCGUAGACCCGUUGAAGAGUUGUUGUUCGCUCGUUUCUCCGGUAUAUCGUUGGAACUGGUGCAAACCCCUGCCAAGACCACCGUAGAUUUAAGCGUGGAAGAUAUACAGAUAGAUAAUCAAUUGUUCGAGGCGCAGUGCACGUCUGUGCUUUACGUGACGAGACCGGCCAGAAUCGAGAGCGAGCAGCGGCUGGCUAUACACGUGGUCGCAGAGAAAUUGAAGUCGAAGAAUCAGAACGCAGAGAUAUACAGGCACGUGGUGGUGAGCAUCAAGCCGCUCUGCAUACAUUUGGAAGAGAAGCUGAUAUUGAAACUGGCCGCGUUCGUCGGUGCUGGAAGAUCCGAGCUAGAGGUGCCCGUGGACGAGAACGAUUUCAAGGCUCAAAGGUUCAUUUCUGAAGUGUCCGCCGCUCAUGCUAAACGAUACUAUUUCGGAGCGUUGAAGAUCGUCCCUAGUCAGAUGAAACUGAGCGUUCUCACUACUACGAAAUUGCCCCGGCCUCUUCAAGCUAUUAAGAGACAAUUAGGAUUAACGUUGAUCAAGUUUGAGGACGCAACUAUCGAACUCGAACCAUUUAUCAAGAAACAUCCGUUCGAGAGUACUCAGUUCCUAGUACAUUCCAUUAUAAAACACUUCAAAGAUGAAUUGAAGUGGCAAGCCGCGGUGAUAUUAGGAUCCGUAGAUUUCCUUGGCAACCCUCUGGGCUUCGUGAACGACGUCACGGAAGGAGUCUCCGGUUUAAUUUACGAAGGGAGCGUGAAGACUCUGGUGAAGAACGUCACCCACGGUAUUUCAAACUCUGCCGCGAAAGUAACCGAGUCUCUGUCCGAUGGACUGGGGAGAGUAAUAAUGGACGAGAGACAUGAAGAAACCAGGCAGAGGAUUCGAGCAAACACUACAGGAAGCGGUGAUCAUUUAGUAGCCGGAUUGAAGGGUUUCGGGUUUGGCUUACUCGGAGGAAUGACCAGCAUCUUCAAACAGACGUACGACGGAGCUACCAAUGAAGGAUUCCCAGGUUUUUUUGCUGGGUUUGGGAAAGGAGUCGUUGGAACCAUCACAAAACCGGUUGUAGGAAUGUUGGACCUCGCUACAGAGACUGCCACUGCCGUGAGAGAAACCAGUCGAAGUGCCCAUCGUGCCAUACCGAAACGCGAUCGAGCUCCUCGCGUGGCCAGCGGAUCAGCCGGUCUCUUGCCACCUUACAAUCGUCAGCAAGCAGAGGGGCAAGAGUUCCUCUAUAUAAUAAACGAUCACAAUUUUUCGGAAUUGUUCGUGGCGUACGAGUGUCUUCGUAGCGGGACGGAGAAUUUGAGAGUUCUCGUGUCGAAUGAGAGAGUCCGCGUGAUUUCCGGUGGUACUAAAAGCGUAGUAACGGAAGUCAGUUUAGCAGACUUGGUGUUAUGCCAGCCGACACAAAAGGUGGAGAACAACGGUACCACUUUGUAUUACAUCGAGUUGAUAUCCAGAUCGGAUUCGACGAUAGCUGUGAACGUGGACGGGCCUGAGCUUCUAAGGAGGCCCAAAGUUCGCUGCGACAACGAGGAAGUGGCCAUACGAGUGUCGCAGCAAAUCAAUUACGCUAAAGGGAUGCACGAUGAGCGCAGCCUCACGCUCUCAUCGUCGGACAACAUGCUGGACGACGUGCAGUACUACAAGUAGUCGCAGACGUUGUCUAAUUCACGUUUCAAUUCGCAGUUUCGAAUCGCGGUACGAGCGAUUCGAAAGCUUUAGCAGGCAACUAUCUCGUAUAUGUUAGUUUAUCCGGUUUUUUUUCUCGCUUUGUUUUUCUUUUUUCCUUCGACAGUGCACGCGUACACCGAUGCCUUACUACGCUUAAAUUUAAGUUGAUGAUAAGACUGAUGACGAGGAUCGUUUAGGCAGCGUCCGCGAAAAUGCAACAAUUUCAGACAAUACUCUUCGGAGGGAAAUGAAUUUGAUUGCCGCACAGUAAAUACAAAACGUUUUUAUACCAAUGUACGGGUAAAGCAGGAAGAGAGUUCUUUUUUUUAACAUAGGAUGUGUGCACGUUAUAAAUAUGUAAGAUAUGUAUCGGGUAAAUCUACUUAAAGCUAAGCUACAUAAAGGAAAAGAGAAAAUGAUUACAAAAACCAAAGUUUUGACGAUAGGGUAGGAUAUUUAUUUUCUAUAUUAACGAGUUUGAUAUCUUGCAAACUAUUUUUCCGUUCGUGAAAUAUAUAAAUUAUAUGUAACAUACGUAUUUUUUACACUGUUGUAUAAUACGAUCACUAACCAAAGUAUUAAAAAAGAAAACUGUACAUUCUCCUUUUACGGUUAAGUGGUGUAAAAAGGAAUAGGGAUUAGAGCUUAUGUACAGGCAGUGUAAGGAUCGAGAGAAUCGUUCGAAUAAAACUUUUCUAAAACUGAUGCUUUGUAUGCACGUGUACAUAUUGCAUCACGUAGCUUUACGAUCACAUUAAGAAGUGUUAGCGAUACAAAUGAUAGAUUGUAUACAACGAUUCGUCGAAAUUUGUUAUAUCUCGAGAUUUUCACGCUGUCAACGUAAUUUAAUAAAGAACUCUUAUUUUUGUUCGAUAA